CAACAAAUAUGUAUAACAUUUUAUUAGCAUUUUUAUUAUCACUAUUUUCAUCAUCGGCAUCGGUAUCGGUGGUCAGGGAUGUUAUGGCCAGAGAGGCGGCGGCAACCGUUGGCCAACAACAACAACAACAACAUCAGAGACCGGUCAUAUGCGGAGACAACGAAAUACUAGUUACCGAUUGUCCAACUAUUAAAUGCCAGCCAACAUGCGAGCACCCGUAUCUACCAGUGCUCAACUGUAAUAGUAAUCCCGAUAUCCCGAGUGGCACUGGUAGUAGUGAUGGCCAGCCAUUGGCUAUUAACAACAACUGUCAACAAUCGGGUGGCUGUAUCUGUGCGUACGGUUAUGUCCGAUGUAGUAGGUCUGGCCAGUGUAUACCCCUGAGCCAGUGUCCAGCAGCACCAGCAGCUGCAGCACCUGUAGUAUUGGAUGUAUUGACCAAUAGUAGGAGACUGGUGGCCACACCUAACAAUCUAACUGAUCGUACCCCACAUCCAUUAGCUUCUGUAGCUACUGAUUUGGUGCCACCAAUUGUCGACCUACUGUCCCAAUCACUACCGGUACCGGGAAAUCGGCCACUAAUUAAAGUCAAUUUGGCCUCAAAUUUAUGUCUGGGUGGUAUCGGUUUGGCCGCUAAAGUCGACUGUAAUUAAAAAAAAAUA